GGGGCAGGGGGAGAUGUUUCGGGGGGGGUGAGGCUGUUUUUCUUGGGGGGGGUUUCCAUCCCCUGCUGAACCUCUCCCCCCCCCGUGCCCCCCCCGUGCCCCCCAGGCCGGGCCGGGCGAUGCUGCGGGCCCCGGGGCCGCUGGUGCCACCCCCCCGGCGCCUGCUGCUGCCCCCCGACGCUGCCCUGCGGCUGCUGCCGGUGCCGAUGGAGCCCAAGGGGGGGCUCGGGGGGGCCCCGCCCAGGCCUCGGCGUCCUGUGAUCGCCUGCAGCGUUUGCCAGAUCCGCUUCAACUCCCAGAGCCAGGCUGCCGCUCACUACCAAGGCAAUCGCCACGCGAGACGCCUCAAGGGGCUGGAAGCAGCUCGCGCCCGCCGCGGGGGGGGCACGGACAGCGCCGGAGACCCCCCCCCGCCGGAGACCCCCGGCCCGGCGCCCCCCCCGGCUGCGGACACGACCGAGCGGGCAGCUCCCCCGCAGCCCCCAGCCCCAGCGGCUCCAGGCGCCCCUGGCCCCCCCUCGCCCCCCGCUCCCCCCCCUGCGCCCAGCGCGGAGGCCGCGGGGGGGGCGGCGCGGGGGGGCGCUGAGGAGGAGGAGGAGGAGGAGAAGGCGAAGGCCAAGCGGCUGCUGUACUGCAGCCUCUGCAAGGUCGCCGCCAACUCCCUCUCGCAGCUGGAGGCUCACAACAAAGGCACGAAGCACAAGACGCUGGUGGAGGCUCGCAGUGGGCUGGGACCCAUCAGAGCCUUCCCGCGCCUGGGGGGCGCUGCGGGGACCCCCCCGGCCGAGACCCCCGAACGCUCCUUCCACUGCCAGAUCUGCAACGUGCGGCUCAACUCCGAGCUGCAGCUCAAGCAGCACAUCUCCAGCCGGCGGCACCGGGACGGGGUCGCGGGGAAGCCGAACCCCCUGCUGAGCCGCCACAAGAAGCCGCGGACCCCCCCGGAGCUGGCGCCGCUGCCCUUCCCCAAGGAGCUGCCGAAGGCUCUGGCCGGGGGGGGGCUCCUGCCGCCCCCCCUGGCCCUGGCCGCCGCCGCCGCCGCCAUGGCCGCGCCCCCCCUGGCGCUGCGCCCCCCGGGCCCCGCCCUGCUGCCCGGCCCGCCCCUGGCCCCCGCCCUGCUGCGCCCCGCCCCCGGCCCGCUGCGCCCCGCCCACGCCCCCCUCCUCUUCUCCCCCUACUGACCCCGCCCCGCAGCAACCGUUGCCUAGCGACCGCCAGAGCCAAUCGGCGCCCUCCGUGGCGAGCGUUGCCUCUGCGGCCGGCAGCCAAUCGGCAGCCCCUACGCAGCGGCCGUUGCCUAGCAGCCGGCAGCCAAUCAGCAGCCCCCACGCAGCGGCCGUUGCCUAGCAGCCGGCAGCCAAUCAGCAGCCCCCCACGCAGCGGCCGUUGCCUAGCAGCCGGCAGCCAAUCAGCAGCCCCCACGCAGCGGCCGUUGCCUAGCAGCCGGCAGCCAAUCAGCAGCCCCCUUCAGGCUGCGGCGGUCGUCGCCUGGCGACAGCCCCAAGCAGCCAUCCCAGAAUAGUCGCCUGGCAGCGGUCUCCUGGCAACCAGCGACCAAUGGGCACCCAGCGACCUGCCUGGCAACGCCCCCCCCCCCCCUCCCCUGGCGACCCCCUGACAAGGGGCCCCUGGCAACGGCGCCCAUCGGUGGUACCCAGCAAGGGGGCCCGGUAGUGGUUACCUGGCAGCGCUUCCCUGGCAGCGGUUGCCCAGCAGUGGUGCCCAGCAGCAGUACCCAGUGAGGGGGCCCAGUGACCACUGCCUGGCACCCUUUGCCUGGCAGCGGUGCCCACAGGUGGUACCCAGCAAUGGGUAUGGGAGAUGGCUACCUGGUAGCAGUGCCCAUCAGUGGCACCUGGAAAUGGGCACUGUGCAUGGCAUCAGUUACCUGGCAACCUUGCCCACCACUGGUACCCAGGGCCUGGAAAAGUUUACUUGGCAACUGUGCCCAUCAGUGGUGCCCAUCAGCGGUACCUGUCCAUGGGCACUCUGCCUGGCAGCAGCUGCCUGGCAGCAAUGCCCAUCAGUGGUGCCCAUCAGUGGUACCUGUCCAUGGGCACUCUGCCUGGCAGCAGCUGCCUGGCAGUGGUGCCCAUCGGCGGUGCCCAGCAGCGUCAGUGCCCGCGGCAGCAGUGCCCUCCCGUGGUGCCCACCCCUGGGCACUGUGCAUGGCAGCAGUUCCCUGGCACCCCCAUCAGGUGAGGCCCCCCCCACCUGAUACCCUCCCCUGGCACUGCCCCCCCAGGCUCAGCCCUGUCAUUGAACUGGAACUUGGCACUCGGGAAGCUGCUGAGCCCCCCCCGAGCCCCCCCCACCGCACAACCCCCCCGCGGGGACCCCCCAGGGCAGGGCAGGGCUCGGGGGGGGGUCCCCAAUGUCCUCCUCCCCCCCAGCACCUCAGGGAUCUGCAAAGCAAUCAGUGAUGGCUCACGGGGCAGGGACCCCCCCGGGGGGACCCCCCCUCAGAACAGCCUCGGGGUCCCCCCGCAGAAACACCUCCGAGCUGUGUGCCCCCCCCAGAUAGACCCCCCCCGGAUGCCCCCCCCCAAGCCAUGACCUCUUGCACUGAGGGCACUGAGCCCUGCACACACCCUCGGGGGGGGCUUUGCUUCGGGGGGGCCAACCCCCCUCCGCCCCCCCCUUCCCAGUCCGGGCCCAGCCCACUGCAAUAAUGUGUGUGGGGGGAGGGGCUGGGAGACCCCCCCGGCUCCCCCCCCCUUGUAAAUAAUCCCACCCCAGGGCCCCCCCAAGCACUGUGCCCCCCCUCAAACACUGGUACUGCCCCCCCCCCCAGCACCCCCCCACUAGCACUGUGCACCCCCCCAAGACCAGCACCCCCCCAUCACUGUGACCCCCCCCGCCUUUAGUGCCCCCCCAAACCAGCACCCCCAAUCCUUAGUGCCCCCCCCAGCACUCCCCCAUCACUGUGACCCCCCCACACUAUCACUGUGCCCCCCAAAGCUGUGCCCCCUGCUCUCACUGUGCCCCCCUUAACACUACAACCCCCCCUCACCUUGGCACUGGCCCCCCCUUGGCAUUGCCCCCCCUUGGCACUGCCCCCCCACAACUGACACUGUGCCCCCCCCGCACCACCCUCACCCCUGGGCCCCCCCCCGUGUCUCAGUGCCCCCCAACCCUCCCUGCCCCCCCCCACUCAAUACUGUGAUGUAAGCAAAGCAAUAGCAGGGGAGGGGGGAGCAGGGUUUUGGGGGGGGGUUGGGGGGCACAGAACUCCAUUGCCCCCCCCGGCCCCCAUGUGCCCCCCCCCAGCUUCACCCCAAUAAAUGAUGAGGUUUGA